AUGUUCGAGUCUAACCAAUACCAUGUUUUUUUUUUUGUUUGUUUGUUUGUUUGUUUUUUAGCUUUGACCCAAGAGAAUGAGGGUCCUUUCCAGAGCUCUAUAACUGUGGCUAAACUUGGAGAUAAUGUGACUCUGACAUGUAGUAUCCCUAGGGAUGAUGUUGGGUUGUCUUACUGGUAUAAGCUGAAUUUUGGAUACAUGAUUGAAACAAUUGCCUCAGGAAGUUUUGACAAAAUAUCACUUAAGGGACAAUUUACCAACUCAAGAUUCAGUGCCACAAAAGUGGGUAGUAUGUAUUCUCUUACCAUAAGAAAUGCAAGCAAAGAAGAUGAAGCAACAUACUUAUGCCAAGGAGGAACGGCAUACAUAAUGGAAUUUUUUAAUAGCACGCUUUUAGUAGUGAAUGAUACAAAAACGCUGCAGAAAUCUGUCACCGUGAAACAAACUUCAGAUGUGGAGUCAAUACAUUUGGGAGAUACAAUGACUCUGCAGUGUUCACUUUUCUCUGAAAAUGACACAGAUCAGUGUCCAGGUGAAGACAAAGUGCACUGGUUUAAAGGUGCAUCAGAAUCCCAUCCAGGCAUCAUUUACCACGGCAGUCUCAGAAAUAAAGAGGACAGGAGAUGUGACUACAGUCUGUCCAAAACUAUAACAAACUCAUCUGAUGCUGGGAUGUACUACUGUGCUGUGGUCACAUGUGGACAGAUCCUGUUUGGUGAAGGAACUGUGGUGGAGAUAGAGAUGGGCCAGAAUCCCUUCCAGGCACUAUGA